CAACCCGCUCGGCGGGCGGUUGGGGGUGGCUCGUCCAGCCGUUUAGACGUUUUUGUCGCGCCUUCAUGUUGUGUAUAACAUCCUCAUGUGCUGCCUCGACUCGGCUCUGUUCGCUUGUACGACCAGACAAUGAUGCAACCCGUUUGCGGUUUCUUGCUCUUUGGCGGUUGCUGUGUAUAAGAAUACCGCUGGCCGGGAAGCCCAGCGGCGCGGGCGCAUCCAUAAUCUCCCGAAAAUCUCGGUCCAUCCAUCUUAUUUAUUUUCUUCACGCCCUGCCUGUCGUUUUCUUCUAUCCAUGGAUAGACGGCCACAGCAUUUCAGCAUUUCCAUAAUGCGCUUCCUCCUACUGGCAACCGUGGCCGCCGCCACGGCCAUCCCGCCAACAUCCCAGGCCACGGCCGAGCUGGCUGAGCGCGCGCUGCCCAACUCGCCCAGCGGAGGCUACGCGCCACAGGUCGUCGACUGCCCACAGAGCCGGCCCAAGAUCAGGAGCGCCAGCUCGGGGCUGUCGCCCGAGGAGUCCAAGUGGUUAGAGCAGCGGCGCAAGGCCACCGUCAGGCCCAUGACGGAUUUCCUGAAACGCGCGGGCAUCAAGGGCUUUGACGCGGAUGCCUUCAUGUCGCGGGCCGAGGCGGACGUGGCCAACCUGCCCAACGUGGCCAUCGCCGUCAGCGGCGGUGGCUACCGCGCCCUGAUGAACGGCGCGGGCUUCCUGGCGGCCGCCGACGACCGCACGCCCGGCAGCACGGCGCAGGGCAAGGGCAGCAUCGGCGGCCUGCUCCAGUCGGCCACGUACCUCGCCGGCCUCUCGGGCGGCGGCUGGCUCGUGGGGUCCAUGUUCACAAACAACUUCAGCUCGGUCCAGGAGCUGCGGUCCAACCAGCGCGUCUGGAAGUUCGACCGCUCCCUGCUCGAGGGGCCCGCGGCCGUCUCGGGCUCGGCCGUCUCGCGCGUCCUGGAGCCCUUCUCGUACUGGACCGACAUACUCAACCAGGUCUCGGCCAAGCGCAGGGCCGGCUUCGACACGUCGCUGACCGACUAUUGGGGCCGCGCGCUGGGGUACCAGCUCGUCGACGCCAAGGACGGCGGGCCGGCCUACACCUUCUCGUCCAUCGCGCAGUCCGACUCGUUCAAGAGCGCGAGCACGCCGUUCCCCUUCAUCGUGGCCGACGGCCGCGCCCCCGGCAGCCGUAUCAUCAACCUCAACUCGACCGUGUUCGAGUUCGGCCCCUUCGAGCUCGGCACCUGGGACCCGACGGCAUACGGGUUCGCGCCGCUCGAGUACGUCGGCUCCAACUUCUCGGCCGGCGCCGUCCCCGAGGGAGGCAGCGACAACAAGUGCGUGCGCGGCUUCGACUCGGCCUCGUUCGUCAUGGGCACCAGCUCCUCGCUUUUCAACCAGUUCCUGCUCCAGAACAUCACGUCGGCCGGCUCGGGCAUCCCGCAGAUCGUGCUCGACGCGCUGCGCGGCGUGGCCGCGCAGGUCGACAGCCUCAACAACGACAUCGCCUCGUACAAGCCCAACCCGUUCCUGGGCUACAACCCCCAGUCGGCCGGCGGGCUCGCCGCCUCGGCCGAGCUCUCGCUCGUCGACGGCGGCUCCGACGGCCAGAACAUACCGCUGCAGCCCCUCAUCCAGCCCGCGCGCAAGGUCGACGUCGUCUUCGCCGUCGACUCGUCGGCCGACACGAAAUACAACUGGCCCGACGGCUUCGCCCUGCGCGCCACCUACGACCGCUCCCUCGGCCGCAUCGCAAACGGCACCGCCUUCCCCGCCGUGCCCGACCAGGCCACCUUUUUGGCCCGCGGCCUCAACAACCGCCCGACCUUUUUUGGCUGCGAUGUCGCCAACCUCACAUCGUCGUCGUCGUCAUCGCCGCGCCCCGGCCAGCCCGUCCCGCCCCCCCUCGUCGUCUACCUCCCCAACGCCCCCUACACGGCCAUGCCCAACGUCUCCACCUUGUCGCCGUCGUACGCCCCGGCCCGCCGCGACGACAUCAUCGUGAACGGCUACAACAUGGCCACCCAGGGCAACGGCACCCUCGACCGCGACUGGCCCGCCUGCGUCGCCUGCGCCGUCGUCCACCGCAGCCUCGUCCGCGCCUCCGCCGCCGUCCCGCCCCAGUGCGCCGACUGCUUCGCCAAGUACUGCUGGGACGGCAAGCUCGUCAGCGCCAGCGGUGGCGGCAAGAACAACAACGCGUCCACGAACCCGGACCUGUACGAGCCCGCCUUCAAGGUCUCGAACCAGACCACCGACAAUGGCGAUGAGAGCAAGUCUGCCGGCUUCGCGGCCCUGCGCGUGGUUGAUAGGGGCCUCGUCGGCUCUUUGGUCGCGUUUGCUGUGCUGGCCGCAGUCGCGUAAAUAUCUGGAUAUGAAGCCCCCCCCCCCCCCUUUUUUUUUCUUGCUUUGUCAUUUCGAUAUGUGUUUGGUAAUGUUCUUGUUUUUUUGUGUCCUCUAAUACCACCAUUUGGUCCGGGAUAGCGCUGUGCAUAUCUGGUUGAAACAGGAACGGCGCCGGCGUUGAUAUACUGAUGACAGGGUUAAACGUGUACUUUUAUCUUGUAUUUAUUCGGGGAACCAAGGAAGCAUAGCCCCAGGGCUUUGCGGGAUAGAUCUUCCAUUCUAAAAUUCGAUGCCAUGUUCUUUUUCUCAGUCAUUUCUAGUGACUGUGUACAGUUGAUCCCACCGUCCGCAUUUAGAGCUUGGCAGCUUCCCGGUAGGGC